GGCACGACGGGGGUCGUCGGUCCCCGCCUCCGAGGCGGCUCCAGGAUGUUCGGCUACUUCCGCCGACCAAACGCUCAACGCUCGGGAAUACUCGGAACUCUUUGGUUAGAGGACCGACAGAAAGUCCGGAAGCUUUCGGAACUCCACGGCUGAUUUCCGAAUGGCUCCAAUUCGAGACGUCCCGGGACCCAUUCCUCCCCGUUGUUUCUCCGGUAUUGCUCUCCCAGCGCUUGUCACUGUAAUAGGCAUAUGAUGGACGCUCAAUAAACUUUUGUUUUAUGAACGAACUUGUGAAUGCAAGACCUAUGUAAGCCUAGCCCCGGCACCUUUGGAUAUUUCCGGUCUUCGUAAACCCAAGCGGUGACGGCCGAUGAAGGCGCCGAGGCCCGCUCGGGUAUUUUCGGAACCAUCCGGAAACGCUCUUCGGAGAGGUGUGCCUGUUCGGAAACACUCCGUCUUCAUUCGGAAUCCCUCGGCUAAUCUCGGCAGCCCCCUUGCAGUUCGCCCUCCCCAGGGUUUUCUUUAAGCCCUAAAACUGUUCGAGCCUGGCGAGAACCUACUCGGAUACUUCUCGCAGACUGCCAGCCCGGGGAAGCGCGAUGCCCUCUAAGGGAGAGUUAUUUGGAGGAAGGGAGAUUUGCAUGUGGCUGCUCUUGGCUCCCUUUAGGGAUUCCACAGAUCGCCGGUCCUCUUCCCUGCUCUCCACCUGUGCCUCGAGCCUGCAGUGUGCCUGUCACACCCCAUCAGCUCCCUGGGAGGUUAUGAUCCGCUGUCAGGGCCACCCAAAGGGCAGGAGCCUUGCCUGAUAUUUCUGUGUGUCCUCGGCCUCACCCACGAGGCAUGGCGAUGGGGAGGCCUCAGAGACUCCUACUAAACAAAACGACUGAGGGUGCAUGUGUCACCUCCCCAGGGCGCCUUAACCUGCGGUUCCGCCUGGGAACUCCGUGGGGCAGGGCCCUCGUCUGGUCCAUAGGACUAUCCACAGGCAGUCGGGAUUUGCCCAGCCUCCUCCACGGCUGCGCUCUGGACCUGAUGGGUCCUUCUUUGUGCCCUUGGCUUCAUUCGCUGGGCACACAGGAGACCCCAGAAGACAUGCGCGGAGUGAACUCCCACCCCGAGUUUCCCCCCUUAGACCGCCCCGACUACUGGUUUUUGCGUCCCAGAUAUCCUUGAGGUCUAGGGGCCUUGUCUGAUACGCACAGGCUCCGGGAGGCGGACACUGAGCAGAAACAACCACUAAAAUGCCCUGAUUUUUGGCCAUGUGUGACCUCCCUAGUGGCACGGGCCCUGAGCCACCCGUGGCUGUGCGCCUGGCUAUCCCAGCGCAGGCCUCUGAGCAACAGCCCCUGCCCGGAAACCACGGCCGGGGCAAUCCCGGCCGGGUCGGUUCGCGCCCAGCCCAGCUUAGGUGGCCGGGCGGGAACUUGGCACACCUGGCGCCGUCCCCUGACCCCGCCCCGGGCUGGGCCGCACCCCGGAACGCUCUCUCCGGACGCCAGCGGCGGCGGUGCAGGGCCAUGGCGGCGGCUCCAGCGGUGUGCGCCUCGCAGGGGCCCCCACCGAGUGCACCGUCCGCGCCGGCAGCCGCGCCCGCACCGGCGACCGGCCUGGGCCGCUGCCGGAUGGCGCUGCUGUUGGCCGUGGCGCUGGACGUGGCGGGCAUGGCGGCGCUGCUGACCGGCGUGUUCGCGCAGCUGCAGGUGCGCGGCCGCGACUUCGGGGACCUGCUCAUCUACUCGGGCGCGCUGCUGGUGUUCCUGAGCCUGCUGGGCUGGAUCCUCUGGUACACGGGAAACAUCGAGAUCUCGCGCCAGGAGCUGGAGCGCGACUACGGCCUGCGGCCCUCGGCGCUCGCCCGCCUGGCGCGCAAGCUCUCCCGCCGCUGGUCGGCGCCCGCCGCCGCCGGCCCGCGCCCCACGCCCGGCUCCCGGAGAGCGCGUCGAGCCACCCGCGCGCCCCCGCCGCCUGCCGCCGGCUCCCGCCGCGUGCGCCUGCAGCUCGCCACGCUCGAGGCCGGGCCCGGGGCGGCGGGCGCGGGCAGCGAGUGAGGCCCAGCAACCCCUCGGCCCCAGCUGUCAGGACCAGAAUGAGAUGUGCAGCUGCCCCUACAUCGGCGGCCAGCAGGAUGCCCCCUGCCCCCCUCCCUCCUCACCUGGAUAAAAAACAGAUUCGCCUCAGCACUGCCUGUCUGUCUCGGAGAGGGACCUGCUGGGGUGGGAACGGAGACGAGGUGGCCUGCUUCCUUCUAGGGCCCAGGUGGGCCUGGCCACACCCGAGGUGAGGCUGCCCCUGCCCUGGGGAGCCCGGGAGCCCUGGGGAUAUAGGCGUCCAGGCUUAUGCUGCCCCUUCUCAGAGCGGACCAGGGAGGGGGUGGGGGGAAGGCUCUCAGCCCAGACCCCUCUAUUCUACCCAGACCUCCCUGGGUGAGUUUGGAUUCUCUGAGAAGCAGACACAGAGGCAAAUUGGAUUUGUGAGAUGUUUAUUGGGGAAACACUUUUGAAGGAUAACUUGGUGCAGGGAGAUGGAGGGAUGGAGAGGGUGAGUCCUGGACCCCAGCGCCCUCCAGGAAAAUUGCCCUGGCCACUAGGAGCUGGGAGCUUGCUUUGUCAUCCAUGGAGGAGGCCCCUGCCCUUCAAGAAGGCACCUUGUAUCCGGAACCCCCACCCCUUGCCUCGCCAAGCUCAGUUACUGGUGGAGAGCCACCCAUGGUCACCUAGGUGCAUCCAGGGUGGGGGCAGGGACACUUCAUGUGGCAGGAGACUGAGGGGGAUGUUUCCCCAGCUGUGCCAUGCCCCUCCCCGCCAGUCCAGGCACUGCUUAGCCCCCGCCACCCCCACACGCCCCUAGUCACCGCAUUUCAGACCCUCCUUCCAGCCCUCACACACCUCUGCCCCGCCAGUCCAGGGCCCCUGUGAGCCCAGCUCUCCUUCAGCUCAGAUCCCCUACUUACGUCCCAGACCUCUCUCAUUCCAGGGUCCCUCAGCUUACACCCCCAUGGCCACAGCCUGGGCCCCCGGAGCUCCCAUCCCCAAGACCCCGGCAGCCCCCACCUGUACCCCCACUUCUGUGUGCACGGUGCCUCUGCUCCCCACAGCUUUCAGAGAAGAGACCAUGCGUCCACACACCAUAUCUGUAUUGAGCGCUCCCCUGGGGACACCCCUAAUCUUCGUCUUCCACGCCCUCCGUCUCCUCGCCUUCUUCUGUCCCUUCCCCCUCGGUGCCCCCCUCCGUGUCCUUGCCCGAUUUGGCCGUGGAGAUGGAUGUCUUCUUGCUCCCUCGUUCCUUGGAGAGCAGCGAGACCCUCCGGGACAGGUCGCAAUUACUCGCCAGGAAGCUGGGAGUGUGCAGCAGGUCCCGGCGCCUGGCCCACCUGCAGAGAGCGAACCGCUCAGCCCCGGCAGGGUGCCCCCCCGGGCUCCCUGGGGAUGCAGGCACCGACCCCAGCCCAGGCCCACUCACCAGAACAAGCAGAUACCGCAGCUCAAGAAGAGGAGGCCGCCGCACGUCCAGCCCAGCGCCCACAUGUGCUUCCUCCGCAUGUUUUCUGGACAAGGGAGGCAGGGUUAAGACCCGGGGCUCCUGCGCCAGACCCACCCCCCAGGGAGCUGGGACCCGGGGCCCUCACCAUCUGGACGCUGGUGGUAGCAGACCCCAUCACGAUAGCAGCACCGUAGGCGCAGGCAGAGGUUGGGGCUGUCGAUGGCCGCCUGGCCCCCACAGCUCUCCCGAUCCCACACGUCACCCUCACAGCCUGGAGACCA